AUGAAAUGCAGAGGAGAUCCUCAGGCUUGUCUUCGUGAAGGCUUAGCUAAAUGGUUGAUGAAAGCUGAUAACGUGUCAGAGAUAGGUGAUCCAACUUGGUAUACUCUAUUGGAAGCGUUGAGAAUUCUAGAUAAUGCAUUAGCUGAUAGAAUUGACAAAGAAAAACAUGCAGCUUGCUUCAUCUUUACUCAUCACAUAUCUGAGGAUUUUAUCAGAAAUUCCUGUUUUAAGAAGUCCUCUAUUAUAUAUGUGCUACUAGUACAAGAAAUGAAGCUAAAGUCAUCUGAAUCUGCAAAUAGUUCUAAACUAUACAGUGCUUUGAAAACAAGGAUCUGUUUAAGUUAUGAAAAUCUUCAAAUACUUGCUGCAAUCUUGGAGAAAGAUAGUACUACAAGAAAUAUUGGAGAAAUUGUUAUGCAAGACUACAUGAAAGUUUUUGACAAUGAUGAUGCAGUGAAUAGUGAAGAGACAGAUAGCAGAGCUAAAUCUGUUUCUGUUUCAUCUGAUGCAAGCGAUGUAUUUGGAGAUGAUUUUGCUACUACUCCAAGUAAAACUAAGUCUGUUUCUGUUUCCUCUGAUAUAAGUAAUGAUUUCAAAAAAAGACGAACCCGUUUUGCAGCUACUUUUGACAAAGUCAGUGAUGUUGUCACCGUUAGCGUUGACAGAUUAAAAAAGUAUCUUCAAUAUUAUCUUGAGUAUGACGCUGAUAAAGAGCUUUCUAAAUGUGAAACAGUUGCAGAUAUCUUAAAUUGGAUAAGUAAACAGUGCUCAUUGACAAAUAUUGAACUUUUGGAGGCAACAGUGGAGCGUUUUGAAAUUGAUGGUGCUGUACUGAUUAUAGAUAAGUAUAAAGAAGAGAAUCAAAAAUUUGUUGAGAAAAUGACACUUGAUUUGUGCCUUGAUGAGCAUUUUUCUCCACCUCCUGUUUUACAACUAGAAGAAAUUAAAUUUGUUGUCGAUAAAAAUUUACGUGAUUGCACAGUUAAAGACGUUGAUAAAUUUAUUCAAGAAGCUGCUACAAAAACAUUAUCUACACAUGUUAAGUUGUCUGUCAUAAGAAGAGGCAAUUCUUUCAGCAUUGUCUGCUCUUUUCCUGUUGUACUAAGUGAAAGGCUCAUAUCAAUAGCACUCAAGAAUCUAAAAGUAUUGAAAGAUAAUGGAUUAUUAAAACUAACCAUUGGAUACUGCACUGUUUAUGACUACAAAGAUGAGAGUUUGUGUUACCCUGAAGAAGGAGAGGCCUUUGAUGAGUACAUCUCUGCAGUGUAUGCUAGUAGAGGGACGUUGGAGCAGUUGCUUAUAUCGGCAAGCUUACAGUUAAUGUACAGGGAAGAACAAAACAAAGAAGACAGUAAAGAGAUUAGGGCUUUUGAGAAAAAAAUAGAAUUUAUAAAUGAGCGGUUGUCCUCAUUUCAGGAUUUAUCAGAAAAGAAGGAAGAUUAUCCUUUAGAAGAGACCCCUCAAAUUGAAGAAAGUCAAGUACUUGAAGAGAAAGAAAUUGCUACAAAAGAGGUGGAAGACCCAAAAGAUAUGACAGAAAAAUUGAAGCAAGAAAUUCAAGAUAAGGACAGAUUUAUUGCUAAAGUGAAGAAGGAGCUAUUGGAAUUAAAAGAAAAAAUGAAGCAAGACAUCCAAGGAGAUAAGAUGAAGCAAGACAUUCAAGAAGAUAAGAUGAAGCAAGACAUUCAAGAAGAUAAGAUGAAGCAAGACAUUCAAGGAGAUAAGAUGAAGCAAGACAUUCAAGAAGAUAAGAUGAAGCAAGACAUUCAAGGAGAUAAGAUGAAGCAAGACAUUCAAGAAGAUAAAGACUUCUUAAUUGAUAAUAAAACUAAAGAAAUAUCAAAAUUAAAAGAAAAAUUGAACACUGAUGGUGAAGAAUUGAUUUCUCUCAGGGAAAAGUUGAUGGAGAAUGAAAAGAUGAAAAGGGCAUAUCAAACUCAAGCCAAUCGUAGGAUACCUACUCUAAACUUUGUGGAUGAUGAUGUAUACACUCCUCCCGUUGAUGUCAUAAUGAUGUCAUUUGAUAAAUACAACAAGUUAGAUGAAGAUUGGUAUAGUCGGGCAUUUUACACCCACACCAAUGGCUACAAAAUGUGUCUCUGCAUUCGAUACGAUGAUAAGAAAAAGUCUUCAAAUUUACACGCUCAUUUAAUGGCUGGAGACCACGAUGAUGAUCUUCAGUGGCCGUUUCGUGGUACCCUGAUCACAGAAAUACUUCAUCGAAAAACAAAAACUUUUCGUUAUUUAGCUGAAAUUAUUUUUGAUGAUGACAAGUUUUGUGGUAGAGUCUGGAAUGGCGUUCCAACUGAAGCAGGAAUCGCAUCAUCUAUUGUUGGAGAAGGAAUUUCGUUUGUUCAAGAGCCAUUUACCGAAUAUUUAGAAGACAACAGCAUAGUUAUCCGUGUCAAGUCCGUUAAUGUGGAAUCACUAGUUCGAACCAGUGCUAUUACAUCUCCACCUCCAAUUAAGGAAGAAAUGCUCUUUGAAAUUGCUAAAUUCUCUCAUCACAAGAAAUCAAAUUCUGAGUGCAUCAGUGAAGGAUUUUACAGUGCUAAAGGAUAUAAGUUUGUACUGAUGGUCUAUCCUAAUGGAAGGAGUCACUUCCAAGGAAGAAGUGUAUCCAUUUUUGCUCACAUAUCUAUGGGAGAUUAUGACAAUGAGUUAACAUUUCCGUUUCGUGGAAAAAUAAUUGUUCAGAUUGUUAAUCAAUUUGAUAGAUCUACUCUCAGGAAUCAUAUAGAGAAGACGAUUGAGUUUACUGAUAAGACUGAUCCUGAAGAAAGGUUUGGUGCUAGAGUAACUGGCCUCACUAGAUUUUUUGGUUCGGGACACUCUCAUCAAGGCUUUGGAUACCAUGAUAUGCUGCGUCAUGAGUUUUUAAUGUUUAAUGCAAAACACAGGACAGAAUACCUGAAAGAUGACCGCUUGAUAGUUAGAGUAACAAAGAUAGAAGAUUAUAAUGUGUAAUUCAAAUAAGAAUAUUAUACAAGGAAUUGAUUGUUAUCAUUCUUCUU